AUGGAUAAUGAUGCGUUGCUGGCUCCUCCAUUGAUGGAGGAGGUCAAAGCAGUGGCCCUUUCUUUACCUAAAGAUAGGGCCGCGGGUCCUGAUGGCUUCUCGGCGGCCUUCUAUGCAACCUUUUGGGAUAUUGGUGGCGAUGACAUCCUUAAAGCGGCGAUGGAUCUGAUGGCUGGCAAUGAUCUCCCUAGAGCUUUCAAUUCAAAUCUCAUCUGUCUUAUCCCAAAGUCUCACCAGAGGUGGGUCCAGCUCAUAAAAAGUUGCUGGGGGAACAACUGGUUCUCCAUCCUAAUCAACGGAGAAUCGACGGGAUUCUUCAAAUCUUACAGGGGUUUGAGACAAGGGGACCCCCUCUCCCCUGCUCUAUUCCUCAUCGCAAUGGAGACUUUUUCAGUGAAUCUAAACCUUAUGAUCGCGAGUGGCGGAUGUCAACCAUUUGCCAUGCGUCAGGGCUACCCCAUCUCCUCUCAUUUACUCUACGCCGAUGAUAUUCUGCUCUUCACUAACGGAAAGAGGGAGUCACUCCUUCAGCUCAAUCAGUUUCUGGCCUUAUUUCAGGCAGUUCCAGAAGCCAAGGACGAUAUCAGUUAUUUGGGUGCCCCUCUUUGCUCGGGCAGAAUCAGAUCUUCGAUGUUUCAGUUUCUAGUGGAUAAGGUGGAUAGGAAGACUUCUAGAUGGGCCAGUAGAAUGAUUUCUCAAGCAAGUAGAGUCACAUUACUUUGUCAUAUUCUGGGUAGUCUCCCCAUCCACAUCAUGUCAGCGAUGCAUAUCCCGCGCCAGGUAAUUGAUAAGAUUGAAAGAAGCUUCUCAAAUUUCUUUUGGGGAUGGGCUGAUGGGAAUAGGAAACACCAUUGGCUGGCGUGGAAAAAGAUUGCUAGAACCAUCAAGGAAAGAGGAAUGGGUAUUAGAAGAUUGAAAGAAGUCAUGGAUGCGAUCGUCUUAAGUUAG